CUACCUUUUCGAGUGUUUCGUUGAACUGAUUACCGUCUUUUUCUCACUCGCGAGGAAUAGUUACACGCGAAACUUAUCAUGCGCAGAUGUGAAGCACUAGGCCGACACGUGGAAGGCGAUCUCGUGGCCAGGGUCAUAAUGUUGAUACUUGCUCGGUACCGACUACCUGUCUCCAUCUCGACAGGUGGUGCGCAAUUUAAGAUCCGUCUGUCAUAAUAACAUGACCCAGCGUCAGUUGAGACAAGGAAACAUCCAAGUGUUCUCGACCCGCACGUUUAUCGUUCGCAUGAUGCGUACGUUGUGCGAUGUGAUGCCGCUCAUCAGAUCUGCCGAUACGUGACACGACGAUCAGGUAGCUCUUCGCAGUGCAUUCAAAGGUCUUGUUAAUGCCAAUUCUAUCCUUUGACAUGAUGACGACAAGAUCUCAUCUCUUUCAUCUCCGAUAAGCAUGCGGUUACGCGAGGCUUUCGCGAUACUCUUAGGAGCUUCCGCAUCUGUCGUUCGAGGUGAGGGCUUCUGGGAUGGCUGGCAACCUUCUCUCGGCCCUGCGUGGCAGUGGACUGGGCUUCGGAGUUCUGACGGGGGUUACUGGUUGAAUGCAACGGAAGAGGUGUUGGGUGAUGUGCAAGAUCUUUACUGGAAUGGGACCUCUUGGCCCUCGACCAUUCAGUGGAUCGGUGCCGUAAUUAACACAAUCGUGACUUCAGCCGUGGAAACUUUCGGCGAUGCUCUACAAGAAACAAACACGGACGAAGAUGUUUCCCGAUUCCAGGCUGAUAUACAGAAGUACUUCACACAAAUCGAAGCGUACUAUGGUAGUGAAGACACCAUACAGAUUUUCGGAGCUGCUUACGAUGAUGCUCAAUGGGUCGUGCUGGAAUGGCUCGAAGUCAUCAAGUUGAUGAAGAACUAUCAACCAUAUCUUGGACCCACGACUGACUCCAGUGUUCUGGCGAGGUUUGCCCAUCGUGCGCACGUCUUCUACAAUAUCGUACAGAAUCACUUCGACACCUCGACAUGCGGUGGCGGGAUCACAUGGAACCCAGCACUGCUACCCUACAAGAACGCCAUCACAAACGAAUUGUUUAUCUCAAGCUCUAUCGGCAUGUAUCUAUAUUUCCCCGGAGACAAUGACACAGAUCCAUAUCCUGCGCCAAACUACAUCACUCAAACGGGUAAAAUAUUGCCAGAGCUACAAUACGUCACGGCGUAUGAUAUGACCUUCUUGAACAAUGCUGUUCAAGAGUAUCAGUGGUUCAAGGGGCAGAACUUCACAAAUUCCCAAGGACUCAUUGUGGAUGGCUUCCACAUCUCAGCUGGUCAGACAAGCUGUGACGAACGCAACGAGAUGGUCUAUACCUACAAUCAAGGUGUUCUCCUUUCCGGCCUACGAGGACUUUGGGAAGCAACAGGCGAUGCCUCCUAUCUGACGGAUGGUUACGGCUACAUAAGCACCGCUAUCGAGGCAACCGGGUGGAACGCUGAGAACGACACCACCGCAAACGAAUGGGCCGGCCUCGGUCGCAAUGGAAUCAUGGAGGACUAUUGCGAUUCCCAUGGCGAUUGCUCACAAGACGCUACGAUCUUCAAAGGCGUCUACUUCCACCACCUCAGUCUCUUCUGCGAACCUCUACCUGAGCAGACGGCAUUGAUCCCAGGUGUGACAUACAUCGCUCCGGCCGAACUUGCAGCUCAACAUCGCUCUCAAUGCUCGAGCUAUAGAGCUUGGAUAGAACAUAAUGCGCACGCGGCAUUGAGUUCGCGGGAUACAUCAUAUCGGAUCGGACAAUGGUGGGGAGCAUCAUUUUUCGAUGCGCUUGUUCAAGCUGAAACGCCUAGGCCUGUUACGGUCCCACUCAACAGCACCGAUUAUCGAAACAAGCCUUGGGUCUUGACCGGAUCGCCUUGGACAUGCACUGAUGCGGUGAGCUGCGCAACAUACGAGCAGUCUACGCCUAGCAGUGAUGAUUCAAUCACUGUUCACCGACGUAACGAAUUGCAAGAUCGACAGGCAAACGUCAAUGUCCAGAAGACGACCGUGGAAACACAAGCACAAGGCCUGGCGGUGGUGGACGCAGCUGCGAAGUUCUUGAUGAGGUAGCCCCUGAUCCGAGGGUUAAGAGGACAGGCAGGGAUGCGGGGCCACGUGCUUCGCACAUGUGCAUCUUCAGCGAUCGGCCUUCGAUCGGAAUAUUGAAGAACUAGGAUAAGCGGCACCAGAGCAACACGCGUACAUCUCACCCCUCCCGAUCCAGGUCGCAAUCCCGCGAGCUGGGCUGGUGGCGGCCACAGGUCCGCCGCGAUGAUAUGCGGCUGAGGAAGUUAAUCACAUCAUAUCACCAUUUCAUAGUCGUCCUUUCGGGACAAAUCUCAUCUGGAAACUUCCCG